UUUGUAUGAGCUGCAGUCGCCGGUGCUGCCAAAGCCACAGGCACACAGAGAAGAUGAGCAGCCAGCAGACAUGUAGACCAUUAUUCCUAAAAACCAGAGGGAGAAGAAAAAUCAUAUUGUGUAUCUAUGUGGUGGGCUUUAUGGACUUGUUUGGAGUGAGCAUGAUCAUUCCACUGCUUAGCCAUCAUGUCAAGGCUCUAGGAGCCAGUCCCACUGUGGCGGGAAUUGUGGGAUCUACAUAUGGGAUCUUACAGUUCUUCUCAAGCACAGUAGUCGGCAGCUGGAGUGAUGUGGUCGGCCGUAAGUACUCGCUCCUCACCUGCCUGCUGAUUAGUGCUUUCGGCUAUUGCCUGCUGGGGAUGUCCACCAGCAUCGCUCUGUUUGUCCUCGCUCGGAUACCAGUGGGGCUCUUCAAACACUCCAUAUCCAUCUGCAGAGCCCUGCUGUCUGACCUGGUGCUCGAGUCAGAGCGCCCUCUGGUGAUGGGACACUUUAAUGCAGCCUCCAGUGUUGGCUUUAUCCUGGGACCUGUGGUUGGAGGCUACCUCACUGAGUAUGAAGGAGGAUUUUACACUUCUGCCUUCACCUGUAGCGCCAUCUUUCUUAUUAAUGCAGGACUGGUGUCGAUGCUGCCUUGGAGCGAGACACUGGCUCAGCAACAAGACACCAACUCCAGCAAUAACACAAGUGCACUCUGUCAUAACCACCACUGUAAUAAGGCUGUACAGAAUGGUUCCCAUGUAAAGAGACAACACACGUCACCAAUAGAAGUGACUGAAACUGUGCAGAACUACAGUGGUGUUCAGUGGAGGCAGAUGCCUCUGCUCCAGCCUGUGUGGAAUCAGCUGUCAUUGGUAGGAACGAGGAUCCACCUGGUAGCCUCCUCCGACAUGUGGGACCUCUUCAUGGUGCGUCUGCUCAUGGCCAUCUCCAUCAUGCUUUACUACAGUAACUUUUCCCUGGCCAUGGAGGAGCGCUUCUCACUCAAACCAAAGAUCACAGGUUACCUGAUCAGCUACAGCAGCACACUGGGAGCUCUGGCUGGGUUCCUGGUAGGGCCGGUCACCAAGCUGUACAAGAACAACAUCGCUGCACUGCUGCUUCACUCCACGGUGCUCACAUGUUCACUCAUCUUCCUCUACACUGCUGCAUCCAGUGUCUGGGAGGUGGUGCUCUCCUCCUCUUUCUUUGCUAUUUCUACCACCAUUGGACGGACAUGUAUCACAGACCUGGAGCUGCGGAGGGGAGGGGCCCAGGCCAGCGGGACUCUGAUUGGUGCGGGACAGUCAGUAACAGCCGUUGGUCGCAUCCUGGCUCCCCUUCUCUCUGGUCUGGCUCAGGAGUUCAGUCCCUGUGGCCCUCCAAGUCUGGGAGUGGUCCUGGCCUUAGUAGCUGUUGGUCUUCUUCUGAUCCGCAUCCCUAAAUGGAAUGGAAAAGGAAUGAGCAGCACAGUGAACCCACUGAAAUUGGACUGAGGUUUAUACACCCAUUCACAUUCACAGAUAUUUGAACCUCGUUUCUUCUCAGAUCAACCAAUCAGCUAUUUUCCUCUUUUUUUACCUUCAACCAUAGUUUGCAUUACAAAAUGGAUAGAAAGCACUUUUUCUUGCAGCCUAAAGUGUUGCAAAUGUACACAUUUUGGGGCCAUGACGUUCUGUGUGUUGUAGCCAAGUGUUGCAGCUAAUCAACCUGAGGUAAGAAGUCCCUGAUCAUUUUCUAACCACUAAUUAUGACGAUGUUGUUUACAGAUAUUUUCUAUGACCUCAGUACACAAUGGUUUCCAACACUACUGGUGGUAGAGACUGUUCCUGUUGUGAAUGUAAAUAUUUUUGCUCCACUUUUUGUAUUUUCAUUCUCAAGUUGGUGUAGAUUAAUUUAUCUUGUGUUUUUGUGAACAAAGCUGUACAAAGGAUCACUGUUGAUCUGAGAGAACUGUCAAAAUGAAUGUUUGGUUUCUGUAUCCUUGAAAGUCACAAGAAUAAACAAUGUUUUGUAUCCACAAAGUCUGGGGCCA